AUGUUCAAGAAAGAUAUCCCCCUAAGCAACCGGUCGAAGGUCAAAUCCUCCGUGCAGCGCGGCCUGCGCCAGAAGCUGCUGGAGACAUAUCCCGGCUUUGAGCCAUUCAUUGAAGAUAUUAUGCCCAAGAAGGCUUCAUUGGAAGCCCAUCGGCAUCUCCGCUCUCACCACUGCCUACACCCAAGACCGCAAGCUAACCAAAACAACUCCAGUCCCGACCGCGUGACCCUCUACACAAUAGACUCCACCCCGCUCUUCUUCCAACCCAUCGACGGACCGCCCGUCCUCACCUCCCGCCUCAUCCACGCCUACCCCUCCGCCAUCCCGACAAUCCAGAUCGACCGCGGUGCCAUCCGCUUUGUGCUCUCCGGCGCAACCCUCAUGGCCCCCGGUCUUACCUCGCCCGGAGGCCGGCUGCCUGAUGCCGAGCAUGCGCUUGAGGCGGGACAGAUUGUCGGCGUUAAGGCUGAGGGUAAGGAGGAGAUUUGCCUGGUUGGUAUGCUGAAGGUUGGCACCGAGGAGAUCAAGAGUAAAGGGAAAGGUGUUGUUAUGGAUGAGGGACAUUAUCUUGGUGAUGGGCUUUGGAGAUUGCAUUUGGAUUAG